UGGCCUACAUGUGCUCAUGGACAGCUCUCCCCCCUCCCACCCCCUCUAUAGCCGUUGAUGCGGUUUUUACGGGCAUUGCGACCUUUACGAGCUUCACUCAGACUUCACUUCAGCCCAACAAGCCGUUUGCAGAGAGCAGCUUUUACAACAACGACGGCAGCCAUGGCGCAAGAGUUCAAGCUCAAGGAUGUCACUUCCUUGCAGAUGAAGAAUGGCGAGAAGAAGGAGGUCGAAGUUGAGGGCGUCGAGGGUGGAAAGGUACUGUUGUUGAAGGUCCAGGACCAGGUUCACGCGACAAGCUCCACGUGCACCCACUAUGGAGCUCCAUUGGUAAAGGGUGUACUGACACCCGAGGGCCGUCUAACCUGCCCAUGGCACGGAGCUUGCUUCAAGGUGUCGACUGGAGAUGUUGAAGACGCGCCUGCCCUCGACCCCAUUGCCAAGUACGAGGUGGUGGAAAAGGACGGCGCGGUAUACGUCAAGACGACAGAGGAAGCACUCAAGGCGAACCGGAAAUCCCUGAACAUCAAGUGCUCGUCUGUCAGCGACGACAAGGUGCUUGUCAUUGGAGGCGGCUCUGGCACUCUCGGUGCCAUUGAAGGCCUCCGAGGCGGCGGCUACACUGGCAAGAUCACCGUCAUCUCCAAGGAAGGCUACCAGCCCAUCGACCGAACCAAGCUGUCCAAGGCGCUGCUGGCUGAUAUCUCGAAGCUCGCUUGGAGACAGAAGGAUUUCUACAAGGAUGGAUCAGUUGACAUUAUCGAGGAUGAGGCCAAGAGCGUCGACUUCUCAGCCAAGAAGGUGUCGACAAAGUCUGGAAAGGAGUACGAGUACACCAAGCUUGUAUUGGCAACUGGAGGCACGCCCCGGUGGCUCCCACUCGAGGGGCUCAAGGGCGACCUGGGCAACGUUUUCCUUCUUCGGACCCUGCCCGACGCACAAAACAUCCUGAAAGCCGUUGGAGACAACGGAAAGAAGAUUGUUGUCGUUGGCAGCUCGUUUAUCGGCAUGGAAGUCGGCAACUGUCUGGCGAGUAUGAAGAACGACGUUACGAUUAUCGGCAUGGAGGAGGAACCAAUGGAGCGGGUCAUGGGCAAGAAGGUGGGCGCCAUCUUCCGGGGUCUGCUCGAGAAGAAUGGUGUCAAGUUCAAGAUGAGCGCGAGCGUGGACAAGGCCACGCCGUGCAAGACGGACUCGUCCAAGGUGGGCGCGGUGCAUCUCAAGGACGGCACUGCACUCGAGGCGGACCUGGUGAUUGAGGGUGUGGGGGUUGCGCCGGCAACCGAGUACCUCCAGGGCAACGCGAGCGUGACGCUUGAAAAGGACGGAUCGCUCAAGACGGACGAGUCGUUUGCGGUCCAAGGACUGCGCGACGUGUAUGCGAUUGGCGACAUUGCGACGUACCCGUACCACGGACCCGGGGGCAAUGGAUCACCGGUGCGCAUCGAGCACUGGAAUGUGGCACAGAAUGCCGGCCGCUCGGUUGCCAAUACGAUCAACCACCCGGGAUCCAAGCCCAAGCCGUUUAUUCCUGUCUUCUGGUCGGCGCUAGGGUCGCAGCUGCGCUACUGUGGCAACACGGUGGGGGGCUACGAUGACGUUGUGGUGCAGGGGGAGCCGGACAAGGCGUCGUUUGUGGCCUACUACACUCGAGGGGAGACGGUCGUGGCCGUGGCUUCGAUGAUGAAGGACCCGUACAUGACGCAGGCGGCGGAGCUGAUGCGGCGGAGCAAGAUGCCGAGCAAGAGUGAGAUUCAGAAGGGCGUGGACAUUUUGGAGGUUAGCCUGCCAAGCGAGGUAAAGAUUUAGAGAGAGAGAGAGUCUGGAAGCAAGGUGGAGAGCGGGGAGGCCGUUAGUGGAAACAACAAGGUUAACCAGAGAAGUCAAAUGACAUGUGAGUGAGA